GGUGGCUCGCUCCUCCUGGCUGCUCCGCCGCGCCAACCGGGACCGCGCGGCCGUGGACCCAGGGGGAAAGAGAUCGGUGCUGGGAGAAAGAGUCACACUUGUCUAGGCCCGGUAGUGCGGCGGUUGGGCUCGGGAGGUGAAGGUCAACUCUCCGCGGCUUAUUGUGUGGGGGGUGACUGGAUGGGCUGUCGGGGCAUGAGACGCCGGAGGUCCGGUCCUGAAGGAGAGGAAACACACCUGGGUCACACCGCCGUCGCAGAAGCCUGGAGAACACAGGAGCCUCCGUCGCAGAAGCCUGGAGAACAGGGCCUGGUUGCUCUAAUAACCGGAGGAGCCUCUGGUCUAGGUCUGGCCACAGCAGAGCGACUGGUGGGGCAAGGGGCCACUGCUGUGCUUCUGGACCUGCCCGACUCUGAUGGGGAGGUCCAAGCCAAGAAGUUAGGGAAGAGCUGCGCCUUUGCCCCAGCUGAUGUGACCUCAGAGAAGGAUGUGCAAGCAGCCCUGACUCUAGCAAAAGAAAAAUUUGGCCGUGUGGAUGUGGCAGUCAACUGUGCAGGCAUUGCAGUGGCCAUAAAGACAUACAACUUAAAGAAGAAUCAGGCCCAUUCCUUGGAGGACUUCCAGCGAGUUCUCAAUGUGAAUCUCCUCGGCACCUUCAACGUGAUCCGCCUGGUGGCCAGUGAGAUGGGCCAGAAUGAGCCAGACCAGGGAGGCCAGCGUGGGGUCAUCAUCAACACUGCCAGCGUGGCUGCCUUUGAGGGCCAGGUUGGACAAGCUGCAUACUCUGCUUCCAAGGGGGGCAUAGUGGGCAUGACCCUGCCCAUUGCUCGGGAUCUGGCUCCCAUGGGCAUCCGAGUGAUGACCAUUGCUCCAGGCCUAUUUGGCACCCCGCUGCUCACCAGCCUCCCAGAAAAAGUGCGCAACUUCUUAGCCAGCCAGGUGCCCUUCCCCAGCCGACUGGGUGAUCCCGCUGAGUAUGCUCAUCUGGUACAAGCCAUCAUCGAGAACCCAUUCAUCAAUGGAGAGGUCAUCCGGCUGGAUGGGGCCAUCCGCAUGCAGCCUUGAAGGGAGAGGGCAGAGAAAACACAUGCUCUUCUCUCCCUGCUUCCCUUGGAGUACUUUACUGCAGCCUGGGAGGAAGUCCCACAGCCAUCUUGUAACUCUGCCCAGUAGUCACACUCUGUGCCUAAUAAAGUCUCUGUUUCUCA